AUGGCAGAAUCCUCCAGUGAUUCAGACUGCUUUCGCCAUCAAGACCAAUUGAAUCGAUGGUCUACAAGGUCACCUCACAGGGGAACUCAAUAUCACCCUACAGCAGAUGUCACCAAGAAGGUCAACACUAUAACAAGUACUUUACAGGACACCAGUCGAAACCUGCGACAAGUGGACCAGAUGCUUGGACACUAUCGAGAAUAUAGUAACGAACAGGCGGGUGCUAUAGAACAUUUAAAAGAAAGCUUGGAACAAUCCAUAGGCCAACUGAGGAGUCAGCGUUUAUUGAGAAACUCAGGAGGGAGAAGUGCUUCUGUUACAAGUCUGAGUGCGAGCGACCUCAGUGCUGGUGCAGCAGCAGACAGCCACCGUUUUCUACCUACCUCACCUCUCAAGGACUAUGGGGAUCUACCAGAUGGUAAACCAAUGAAGUCCAGACCAACUGGUGUUCAAUUUGUUGGGGAGACUGAUGACAUGGGCCAGCUUCAUGUUCUGCAUCAGUCCCUUCGAGACCUCAGCAGUGAACAAGUUCGCCUUGGAGAUGAUCUCAACAGAGAAUUUUCAAGAAGAAGCCGGUCUGAUGCUGAAACAAAAAGAGCUUUGGAAGACUUGACUGAAAAACUUAAUGUCCACAGACAAGAAGUGGUUUCUGAUCGGGUAGAACGGCGGCUUCAGGAAAUAGAAAGAGAGAUGCGCACAGAAAGAGAGUUGGUGGAAAAACAUUGGGAUCAACUGGGGCUUAUGUCCUUGCAGCUACAGGAGGCACUGAAUAAACAAGAAGCUAAAGCAGAUGACAAUGAGGGAGUAAUGAAAAAUAAGCUAAGACAAACGGAAAGCGAGAAGAGUCAACUUGAACAGGAGUUGGAGCGAUCUCGAAGGUUAUUGAAUCAAUCAGAAGGCAGCAGAGAAACACUUAUGUGUCAGAUAGAAGAACUGCGUACACAACUAAUAAAAGCAGAAGGCGAUCGAAAGGGUCUACAACAUCAGGUAUCUCAGAUUUCUAAACAACAGUCAGACCAUCGGGAUGAGCAAGCAGAUGACUGGAGGUUUAGGAGAGGGGUUGAGCGGGAGAAACGGGAUCUGGAGAAGCAGAUGUCAGAUUUGAGAGUGCAGCUGAACUUCAACACAAUGGCGUCUGAGUUGGAGGAGGUGAAGCGGUGCAUGGAGAGGAAAGAGCAGGAGAGAGCGCAUUUGGCCAGUAAUGUAGAUAACUUAACACGUGAAUUGGAGAACAGGGAAAAACAGCAGCUGCAGAUGCUGGAUCGGCUGAAGGAGAUCCAGAAUCACUUUGAGACAUGUGAGGCCGAGCGCAAGCGUGCUGACCUCCAGAUUUCGGAGCUGACUCACCACGCGGAGGAAGCAACCAGGCAGGCGGAGCGGUACCUGGGCGAAUUCCAGCAGUCGGAGGCCCGGAGAGAGGCGGCGGAGAAGAGGAGGGAGGACCUCAAGUCGAAAGCUCAGGAAUCCAUUAAGCAGUGGAAACUUAAGCAUAAGAAGUUAGAGCGAGAGUUCGAGAAACAGUCUGAAACUCUUGAUGAAGUGACAGAGAAGAAUAAUCAGAUUCUGAAAGAAAGGGAUGACUUGAAAAGCCAGCUUUAUGCAGCACUACAGCAAAUAGAGAAUCUCCGAAAGGAACUGAGCGAUGUCCUAACCAAGCGUGCCCUGCAGGAGGAGGAGCUUCAUUGUAAAGAAAAGAAACUGAGUGAUGCAAAGUCUCAUGAAGCGGACCUUGAACAGGAGGUCAAAGAGUCCCUGGACACCAUACACAGGCUGGAAAGUGAAUUGAAAAAGCAGAGUAAGAUUCAAAGCCAGUUGCAAGCUGGAAAAACUCACCUGGAGGAAGAAAUUGCACAGCUGAAGAAGAGUCAGGCUGAGGAUAAAGCUAAACUUCUGGAGAUGCAGGAGUCUGUCAAGGACUUGAGUGCCAUCCGAGCAGAUCUGGCUAACAAAUUGGCUGAGGAAGAGAGAGCCAAGAAAGAGGUGCUCAAGGACCUCUCAGACCUCAAGGCACGUGAGAAAUCCAGGGAGGAUGAAACGUCUACAAUUAUCAAGCAGUUAAAGCUCGAGCGAGACGUUCACCAGAGGGAGCUGGAAGAUCUGUCCUCAUCGUUGCAGAGUGUGAAGACUAAACACGAGCAGAAUAUCCAGGAUCUGAUGAAGCACUUUAAGAAAGAAAAGAGUGAGGCUGAGAAUCAUAUUAGGACGUUGAAGGCAGAAAGCUUAGAAGAUAAGAAUACAGCUAAAGUCCAUGGUUGGCAGCUGGAGAAGUUGAAAUCACAGUGUGAUAGGCUGACACAAGAAUUAGCCCAGAAUGAGGAGGAGAACAAAAAACUGAAGCUAAAGUAUCAGUGUUUGAAGGAACAGCUGGAAGAAAAGGAAAAACAUAUCAGCAAGGAAGAAGAGAACUUAAGGAGGGUGGAAGAGGCCAGAAUGCAGCUCAAGGACCAACUUCUUUGCCUGGAGACUGAACAGGAAUCCAUUUUUGGCAUGAUAGGAAAGGAAAUUGAUGCAGCGUGUAAAACCUUCUGGAGAGACUCAAUGGAGAAAUUGAAAGUUUUCUCAUCUGUUUCUGAUAUACAUUUUGACCCACAUCGCUGGUUAGCAGAAAGCAAGACUAAACUUCAGUGGCUCUGUGAGGAGCUGAAAGAGAGAGAAAACAGAGAGAAAAAUCUGCGACACCAGCUGACACUGUGCAGACAGCAGCUCAAGGAUCUGACGGAAAACAAGGAAUCUGAGCUCCAGUAUCUCUUUGAACAGAUAGAAAGGCAGGAGCAACUUCUGGAAGAAAUACAUCGGGAGAAGAGAGAUCUGCUGGAUGAGAACCACAGAAAAGAUGAAGAAAUGGAAUCUCUGCAGGACUCAGUAAUCUCCUUGAGUCUUAGUACCCGAGUGGCCUUGGACCAUCUGGAGUCUGUGCCUGAGAAACUGAGCCUACUAGAAGAUUUCAAAGACUUCAGAGAUUCCUGUGGUUUAUCUGAGAGAACUGAUGGGAGAUAUUCGAAAUACAAAGUACAGAGAGAUUCUCUUCAGCUGUGCCGAGAUGAUGCCAAGUACAGAAUCAAGAACUUCAAAGAUGACAGAAUUGUUCCCGAAGGUUCCCAUAGUCAUGGGUUAGAUCACUCAUCCUCUUGGCAGGACCACAGUAGAUUCCUGUCUAGUCCACGAUUUUCACACUUGAACUCAUUUACCAAAAGAACAGUUUCUAUGGAUUCAGCUUCAAUCAAGGAAGAUACCAGAAGUUUAAUGAAUGGGAAAAGUCCACAAUCCAAAAAGGAGGAGUCUGAGAUCAAAAACAGCAAGAUGUAA